AUAGGAAUAAAUCGUCAGUCAUAAAACAGUACUCGAUCAAGCAACACGCAACUCUAUAAUAGUUGGUGACGAGGAUAAAGCUACUGAAAAAGUCAAAUUAUACAAGUCUAAAGUCAUGUCGUUAAUCGGUGAAAUUGAACCAUUUGUCAUGGGCGAGAGCAUCAGGGAGUACUUGGAACGUAUGGAUAUUUUUCUCCAAGUAAACGAGGUGGAACCAUUGUGAAAUAUAUUCACUAAAGUACUGGACUGUGAUAUUAGCUUGCAUACAAAUGAUUUAAUCAAAAAUGUGAAAUAUAUUCACUAAAGUACUGGACUGUGAUAUUAGCUUAGUAUAAAUUUGAUCAGAAUGAAAAUGAGAAGAGUGCUCCUUAACCGCCGGUCUGUUUGUAACUGUGUAUUCGUUUGUCCCAUAGUUCAUUACAUAAUUCAUUACAAAGUUCAUUCGUGUAGUUCGAGCAGUUCAUUUCGUGCAGUCAAGUAGUUCUAUCUAUAUCCUAUGGUUUAGUUCUUUCUAAUUCCUGCGUGUUUUCCUAUUUGAAUUCAUAUUUGAAAUAUUAAUUUUAACCCGAAAUCCAACAACCAUCGAAGAAGACAAUUAUGUUGCUGACCUUGGGUGGAGCGUCGCUGUAUAGCCUCAUAUCAAAGCUGGUGUUCCCUGAACAGCCAAAAACGCUACAAGAGCAACUGGAACAGAAAGUCAACGUAGUAGCGGAACGGUUUAACUUCAGAAACUGUCUGCAAAAAGAUCGGUCGGUUGCAGAGUACAUCGUUGAACUAAAAGCACUCGCACAAUCGUGUAAAUUCACGUGCUGUUUAGCACAAUGCUUGCGAGAUCAACUAGUAGCAGGUGUUCGAGAUGAAGGAUUACGAAAACGUCUUCUACGAGAGUCGGAUUUAACAUUCGAGAGUGCAGAAAAUAUCGCCAGAACGUGGGAAGCUGCAGAUGAACAAAACAAAACGUUUGCAGCGAAGGAGAAACCGAGGGAGAUGGCGGUGAUAAAGUGUGCACCAAAACGAAGCGUCGGUCUGAAAGUGCACUACUACCGUGGAAGCAGUACACCUAUACAUCAACAGAGCAGUGCGCAUAAGCAGGAGAGCAAGUGUUACAGAUGUGGAAGAGCGCAUAAUCCACAGACAUGUCCUGCGCGUAAGUGGCAGUGUUUCACUUGUAAGUCGUCGUGUGUCGUCGUGUUGCCGAAAUAGUAACGUGCAUAGUUUGCGAUCGGAAUAAAAGGAUGCGUCACUAACACGCAUAUUCGAUGAUAACGCGAUUAGUAGUCCAGAAGUGUGCGUACUAAAAGUUAAUGAGAAAGACGUUGCGUUUGAGAUAGACUGUGGUGCGUGUAAUAAAGUCAUACCGGAGAGUGUGUAUAAGGAAAAAUUUACCAAUAUCGAAUUAGAACAAACACAUUUGCGUUUUAUUACGGCAUCGGGUCAACGUGUAAUACCGUUAGGAAAAAUAUGUGUAAAUGUAACCACAAAGAGUCAAACGGUCAGUCUAGAAAUCACAAUAAUCGCAACUAAAAACAAAGGGAAUCCUCUACUAGGUCGUGAUGCGUUAGACAUAUUAUUUCCUAAUUGGCGAAAAAGCUUUAAUUUAAAACAAAUUGAUACCGAUAAAUGGAUUGAAGAAAUGACAAAAAUGUUUCCGAAUUUAACAAACGGUGAUCAUAAAGAAGCGAUAGUAGGAUUUGAAGCGAAUUUAGUGUUAAAGCCAAACAUUUCACAAAGCGUAUUCAGUGCCGUUUGCUCUAAUUGAAAAAGUAGAAGCCAACCUAACUAAAUUAGUGGAUGACGGUAUACUUCUACCAACACGUACAUCGGCGUGGGCGAGUCCUAUAGUGGUGGUAGGAAAAAAUGAUGACUCUGUACGCUGCUGUACGAUGUACUCUGUACUUAUUAAGUUAAGCUAUCGGAUUUAUGAAGUUAAGCUAUCGGAAAGCUCUCAAAAUGUUUGUAGUAUAAAUACACAUAAGGGUUUAUACAAGUACACUAGAAUGCCAUUUGGAGUACAAUCAGCACCUGCAAUAUUUCAAUCUAUAGUCGAUCAAAUAUUGUUAAAUACUAAAGGCAUUGCGUAUAUGGACGACAUAGGAUAGAUGUACCUAUAGUGGUGGUAGUACCAAUAGUGGUGCUAUUGCUCUAAAAUGCGGUUCAUAGGGCAAAUUAAAAGUAAUUAAGUUAUUUAAGUUAGUGUUAUAUGUUCUUUAGCCUUUUACAAAGGGUUUAAAAUUUAAAUGAGGCCAUUCCGUUACUUAGUGACCGAAAAAUCCAUUAUUUUGUGAAAUGGGUCAACAUUUUUCUAAAAUCCUUAGGAUUUCAUAACGAAACUCAUUUUUCUGUUAACGUUCUAAAUGACCACAUAACCACGCAAUUACUAGUUUUUCAACCUAACUAUUGUGAAAUGUUAUUGUUUUACUAAAAUUAUUUGCCUUUUGACCAUAUUUAUGCAUUUUUAAGUGUUUUUUACCAUAGUGCCAUUAUAGGUACACAAAACAGGCAUGUUCCUACAGUGGUUAUAGUUAUAAAAUCAAUAAAAACAGGUCGUUUUAGAUUUUUUCGAGGAUAUUUUUGACAUGUCGUACUGUUUUCACCAAAAUAAGCAACAGAAAUGAGUUUUAUGUAGGUAAUUUACCAAAAACAGGCCAAAAUUCGCUUAUAUGGCUGAAUGAAAAAUUGACUUCAAAUCAUGCACUCUGUUCCAGGUUGACGACAGGUGUGAUGCAGUACUUUAGUCAAUAGUUUCAUGGAUCAAAUUUAUACAUUGUUUUACGAUCAAAUUACGCAAGAAACCAAUAUUAUGGCAGUAAUCCUUCAUAUUCAUACGAAAACAGCUUCGAAACUAAAUUUCAUUGAUAUUAUACACUGUUUUUGAUGCAUUUUUGUUUACCACCACUAUAGGAACACAAUACGACGACUAUAGGAACCAUACCACCAUUAUAGGUACAACGAAGCAGUCACAAAAAUAUGUAUUUUUUCGUAAAUUUGAUAUAUUUCAUGGUAAAAAUGGUUGUGAUUGCGAAGAUAAAACAUAUUCCAAUUGCUAUGUGUUAAAAUAUUCAGAAAUUGUCCUUCCUGACACUUUAAAUCCAUUGAAACACAACGGUACCACUACAAAUUGCACCACUAUUGGUACAUUUACCCUACUAGUUGGUGGAGAAAACGAAAAACAAUGCAAAGAAAAUUUAUGUGAAGUUUUAAAGAAGUAAGAAAUGCAUAAAGUGGAGAUAAAUGAAAAAAGUAGGAUUUUUUUAAAACUGAAGUAGAGUACCAAGGCUAAAAAAUAUCAUAGAAUGGAAUAAUACCGAAUGAGUCGAAAGUAAAAGCGAUUAUUAAAGCACCGGUACCAUCAGAUAUGAUGCAAUUACAAGCAUAUCUAGGCAUGAUAAACUACUACAGCAGGUUUUUGCCAAAUCUAGCAACAAUACUAGGUCCAAUGUAUGAAAUUCUACGCAAAGACAAAAAAUAUGAAUGGUCAAAGGAGUGUCAGGAAUCAUUCGAGAAAACAAAAGCAAUGUUAGUUACCAACAACAUUUUAGUACCGUUCGAUCCAAAAAAACCUGUCAUAUAAGCAGUGGAUGCAAGUCCUUACGGGUUAGGAGGUUGUCUCAUGAAAUUGAAGAAGUAGAAAAACUUAUAUAUUUUGCUUCAACAACUCUUUCUCAAGCACAGAAAAAUUAUGUUCAGGUUCAUAAGAAACAUUAGCUGUUAUUUUUGGUGUCCAAAAAUUUUACAAGUACAUUUACGGCAUCAAAAUUAAACUGGUAACUGAUAAUUCAGGUGUCAAAGAAAUAUUUAACGGUCAAGAACAACAUCUUCUAUAGCAGUAGCUAGGCUGAGCCGAUGGGCAUUGUUAUUAGCGAAUUAUGAAUACGUGAUAGAGCAUAGACCAGGAAAAUGCAUGAGUCAUAUGGAUGGGUUAAGCAGAUUACCUUUGGCAAAAGUUUUAGAGAUAGAAGAUGAAUUCACACAAUUAAACACGAUGUCGUCUUCCUCAAUUAUAGAUAUUGAGUUGGUCAAACAAUUCCAAAAGUCAGAUAGUAUUUUGCAUAAAGUCUACAUAAAUGUGAAGUACGGAUGGUCAAAUAAUGUGAAUUGGGAAUUGAAAGAUUAUGCUAAAUUUCGCAACAGUUUAGUAAUUGAAGAUGGAGUGUUGUUUUUCAACGAUCGAGUAGUAAUACCAGAUAAGCUAAAAGAUAAAAUAGUCAGUCUAUUCCAUGAAAAUCAUGAUGGGUUAGUAAAAAUGAAAAUGUCAGCUAGAAAACUCGUAUGGUGGAAAAAUAUGGAUAGAGAUUUUGAACAGUACAUAAAAGCAUGUCAAGUCUGUCAGUGUAGACAAAUCGUACCAAAAGAAAUAGUCACAACGAAAUGGUUACAAUGUACGCGUCCGUUUUAGAGAGUGCAUAUCGAUUUUUUCUUUUUUGAAAAUAGUACACUAUUCAUAAUAGUCGAUAGUUUUUCCAAGUUCAUGGAGGUUAAAAUUAUGAGAAGCACUAAUGCGGAAAAUUUCAUAGAGAUGCUUGAAAUAUUUUUUGCAUGUUUUGGAUUACCAGAGGAUAAAGUGUCAAAUAAUGGUCCUCCUUUUGGUUCAGAAAAGUUUUUGUCGUUCUUAAGAGCAAAAGGUAUAAAAGUCAGUGAGUCCCCGCCGUACCACUCGCAGUCAAACGGGUUGGCCGAGAGAGCGGUUAGGACAGUAAAAGAUAGUCUUAAAACGUAUUUGUUGGAUACGAGAUUAAAACCAUUAAGUCUACAAAGGAAGCUGAAUCAUUUUUUAAUCAGUUAUAGAAACAGUCCAUGUACGGUAACUAAAGUCACACCAUCAGAGAGAGUAUUUUGUUAUGUACCACACACAUUAAUAGCAAAAGUAAAUCCUAUAAAAAAACAAGAAAGACAAGUCUCAACGAAGGAGGAAACAAGAAAGCAAGUCCGUAUGAUAAAAGAUCAAGAUGAAUAUGAAGAAGAAGAAGAAUUGUAUUAUAAAAACCACUUUAAGGAACAUGUGGAAUGGAUUCCAGCAAUAGUCAAAAAGAAAAUAAGUGGGUUGAGAUACUUGAUUAGUCUGAAUGGAGUAAUACGUAUGGUGCAUAAAAACCAAAUAAGGAAAAAGGAUAAUCGAAUGAAUAAGAAUGUAAUCAUAACACCAACAAAUGUAAAUAUUUCCCAUAAAAGGAAAAGGAGUGAAUCAAGUCCUCCACCGUUAAGACGAUGAAAAAGAUUAGAAGGACAACCAAGAUUGAAAUAUCCAAGAUAGAAGUAAACUUCGUUUAAGGGGGAGAAUGUAGUGUCUAAGUAUAGGUAUAGCGUAAGCGUAUAGCGUAAGCGUAUAAUGUAAGCGUAUACUGUAGGCGUUAGAGAUAAGUAUAUCUAUGCAUAUGUAAGGAUAGGAAUAAAUCGUCAGUCAUAAAACAGUACUCGAUCAAGCAACACGCUACUCUAUAACACCUAUGUGCCUUAAAGCCCUUUUCUGUAGCUUAUUCCACCCUAUUUUAGAAUACGCUAGCAUUGUGUGGUGCCCAGUCAGCUCGAUAUGGAUUGAAAGGGUUGAAAGCGUUCAACGCAGAUUCACCCGUAUUGCCAUUAGGCGUCUUUUAGGGCAAUCGGGUGCUUUUCUUCCCCCUUUUGAAGUCCGGUGUCGUAUGCUUGGUUUGAUGACCCUGCACGAUCGUCGCUCUGCUUCUCAAGCUUUGCUUAUCAGCGGUUUGCUUCGGAACGAAAUUGAUUGUCCUUCAUUACUUGACAGAAUACCGCUGUACGCGCCUGCUCGCUAUCUUCGACGCCGCGAUGCUAAUUCUUUCAUCUUACUUGUGUUUCCUGUGUUACAAAUUGCUUGUUGUCUAGUAUAUGUUUGUCUAGUUAAAUUUAAGUAUUUGUUUGUUAUGAUUAAUUUUAUGUUUUAGUCAUUAAGUUUCCCUAGAUUUAGCCCUCUGAGGCAGAUAUUUGUAUCUUAUAAAUUAUAAAUAAAUAAAUAAAUAAAUAAAUGGAAUCACCUUCUCCUUUCCUCUAUGCUGUCCACUCCUGAAACCCUCCCCCGAUCUCCCGUGGUCGAACAGGUCGCUUAGGGCUUUGAAGGCCGAUAAAAACCACACUCCCCGGGCAUAUAAUCGUUCGCCUCAUCCUUAUUUCCUAAGGAUCUAUAAAUAUGCAGACAAAGCUUACCGUACAUAUCACAAUGCUUGCUACGCGUCCUAUGUUGUUCGCCUACAGAACCGAUUCUCGAUGGAUCCAGGGUCCUUUUGGCGCUUUGUCAAAUCCCGCACUUCUAACUCGGAAUAUCCCUCUACCAUCUCUUUUGACGACGAAGUCGCUUCCAGCACUCAGGACAAAUGCAAACUUUUUGCAAAGUACCUGUCAAGUGUUGAUCCUACAUCCAUCAGUUCCCUGUAUCCGAAGGACUUUCAACGCCUCCCGAUGUUUUCUCAUGCAACAAUGUGCCUAUUACCACGCAAAGCGUCC